AUGUCGUUACCGGUAUAUUUCGAGCUCAGCUGGUCCAUUCUGAGCACAAUAGGCCUUGUUACAUUCUUGAUCGCGUGGAUGGUUGCCGGAAUCGUUCAUCUUACGACUAUUACCAUGAUACCAAUCGUAGUGUCUGGAGCAUGCGCUGUAGCAAAUGGUCUGUGCUACUACGCUUUCUAUGCUUCAUAUCCGGUACAAUCGAGAGCGGUAGCAGCAGGAUUUGCAGAUAUAUUUUGGUUCAUCCAAGAAGCAGGCCUGUCGAUGUACUCUUACCAAAUUCUGGCUAAAGUCCUCCAAAGGCGUCAAAAAACCGUUUUCAUGCUAUUGUUUUGGACAUGUAUAGCUGUCAUAUUUGGCUGUCGGCUCGGUAUCCUGAUAUCAAGAAUCGAAGAAAUCCAAAAUCCAGAAAAUUCUCUCCAAAGAAGGAUAAACCAACUUCACAUGGCGUAUUUCGUUAUGAUUGCCGUGGUAGAAACCAUCAGCGCCUUUUUCCUCCUCCGGACAUUCGCCAAAGCCAAGCGCGCUAGUGUCGCCAUUCAAUCAUGGACAGCCAAAGGAUUAUUCGAGUUGCUAUCGAGGAGCGCCGAGAUCCGACUUGCGACAUUGUGUCCGAUCGGUAUUACUCGGGCUAUAACAUAUUCAUUCCAGGCCACCGCCCAGUCUGCCACCAAUACCGCGAGCCAACUAGACCGCUUCGUUUAUACUUUGGAGUGUCUAUUUCCAAUGGUCAUGAUCGUUGAUAUCCUUGCUUCCAAGCUGACAUACUCGAGAGCCACUUCAACAAAUAGCGAUAGGAGUCGUAGCAGAGCUAAUGGGGGGACAGGCCCUGCCCCAUCUUCAAAUGCAAACGGUAUCGAGGUAGAAUUUUCAAUAAGAACCGAAUUCGACUCACCUAAGCGAAGCAACAGUAAAGCCAUUCGACUAACCUCGCGGAAUACUAACUCUGAAGAAACGAUACCAGUUGCUAGUCAUGGGGCAGAAGUUGGUCAUUCCGCUAGCUGCCACGUUUGA